AUGUGACGGGGGCCACAGUGGCCGGCGGACGAUGCUGCCCCUUCUGGGCGCCACCGCGCUGGUGCUGGUGGCCGGGGCGUCGUGGGGGUCACCCUACCCGGCGGGGAGAGAAGCUCUAAAAUCGCCUCAGAAUGUAAAGGUUUCCAUCAUUGAUGACAACAUUACCCUGAGAUGGGAGAGGAGCCCCGAGCACGACAGGAAUGUUACUUUUUCCACAUGUUAUCAAAUACCUUCUGAGACUGAUUGGACAGAACUGCCCUCGUGUCAACACAUUACAGCUUCCGAGUGCACCUUUUCCACAGGUGCACUGAAUAAUGUUUUUGAAGAUGUUCAGUUACGUGUACGAGCAGAGAGAGGAAACGAUGCUUCUGCAUGGUAUGAAGUGGACUCAUUUGUACCAUUUUUAGAAGCUCAGAUUGGUCCUCCAGAACUGCAUUUAGAAGCUGAAGAUAAAGCAAUAAAAAUCAGUCUCUCUCCUCCUGGAACAGAAAAUAGCAUCAUGUGGGCUACAGAUCUUUUAGCAUUUAAAUAUAACACAGUCAUCUGGGACAACUCAAGUAUGGAACGAAGUACUGAAUCUAAGUAUCCCAGAUAUAACAUUUAUAACCUCUCACCAAAUACUACUUACUGUUUAAAAGUUAGAGCAGUAUUACCUCCACAGAGAAAAGAUGGAUUGUAUACUCCAGUGCAUUGCAUAAAUACCACAGUGGAGAAUAAACUGCCUCCGCCAGAACACCUCCGAGUCAGUGCUCUUCAUGAGUUCUACUUUCUGAGGUGGGAUUAUCCUGGUGACCCCUCUGAACAGGUGACCUUUCGUGCCCAGUGGCUCUUUGCCUAUUUAAAAAUGCAUCCUGGGAGCCAUGCAGAUAAAUGGACACAAAUCCGAGAGUGUGAAAAUGUCAACACUACCCACUGUGUCAUUCCACAAGCGGUUUUUAUGAACGGAAUUUACUUUAUCCGAGUCCAAACUUCUAAAGGAAAUGCUACAUCCUUUUGGUCUGAAGAAAAAAAAAUUGAUACUGCCAUGCAAACUGUCAUACUUCCACCAGUCGUUAAGAUGAAAUCCAACAAUGAUGGUUCACUGCACGUCUACAUCGGUUCUGCAAAAGAUCCUGAAAACAAGCCCGUGGACCAGGAUUACCCCCUAAUUUAUGAAAUUAUAUUUUGGGAAAACUCUUCAAAGGUUAAGGCAACAUAUCGAGAGAAAACUGAUUUUACCAUUAGUCACUUGAAAGUGCUGACUAUCUACUGUGUCAAAGCCAGAGCGCUCGUCAUGGAUGAGAAAUGGAAUAAAAGCAGCGUGUUCAGUGACACUUUCUGCGAGGAAACAAAGCCAGCUGCUAUUUACCUUGUGAAACACCUCUGGAAAAAAAUAUGUUACGUGUUUUUCCCAUCGAAUAAACCUCCUUCGACUUUAAAUGAGGAUUUCUCCAGAAAAUCUUUAACGAAUCUACUCUUCGUCACUUCGGAGGAACAGACCGAAAGAUGUUGUAUCAUUGAAAACACAAACACUGUUACUGUAACAGAAGACAUUCCUAUAGUUGAGGAAAGUCAUAAACAGUACAGUUCCCAGACGAGUGAAGAUUCCGGGAAUUAUUCUAACGAAGAGGAAAACAAAGCCAGUGAUCAGGAAUGAGAAACAGUGGGCAGAGGUGGAGUCUAAAGACUGCAGAAAUGAGUCUGACGAAGAGGAAAAUGAGGUGGUGAACAGGAAGGAGAACCUCCCCGUGGGACCAGGC